UUCCUUCUGUUACGUAUGUGUAGUUUCGUGACUAUAACCUGUCGAACUGCUGUCUACCGAAUCCUAAGUUUCACCUGAUUCACUUCCAACUUCCAAUAUUGGUGGAAUUACAUUUCUCAGUCAGGAGUUUUCCGGGGGGACGUCCUUCGGCUAGACUUUGUCGAUCGCCCCCAUUCUUUCGACGUUCGCCAGAUCUUCUGAACUGUUAAAACUGAAUUUUGUAAAGGGGAAAAUUUUUGCAUGAAAUAGACGUUUCAAUCGAUUACAUUGUAGGUUGGGUAUAAAAUAUGGAUUUGUCAAUGGAAGAAUAUUUAUGACGUUAGAAUAUUUACCUUAGUUAAUACAAUACUGCAGAAAUGGAUUUAUAUUUAUUAACUUCAAAACAAAAUACUUUGUGUUUAAACAAAAUUGAAUAAUAUAAAGGCUGCCCUUAUGUUACCAAUAAGAUUUAUCUUAACUGGGACUUGUCAUUUGUCCAGAUUUAGUGGAAAUUGUAUUAAACAGGACCUCCUUUAUUCGCAAAGCUACUUCUACUCGAGCCGAGGGUUAAGCUCCAAUAUGUCGAAAAUAAAAAAGAGAUACGAUAAUAUCACAAAGUCCUCUGAGGACAAGAGGGAGUACAGAGGAUUGGAACUGACCAACGGCAUGAAAAUCGUAGUGGUCAGCGACUCGUCCACUGAAAAAUCUGCUGCUGCCAUGUCCGUCAAUGUUGGUUUCCUAAGCGAUCCUAACAAUCUACCAGGAUUAGCUCAUUUCUGUGAACACAUGCUAUUCCUUGGAACAAAAAACUAUCCCCAAGAGAACGAGUAUACCAAAUUCCUUUCGGAGCAUGGUGGUUCCAGCAAUGCUUCAACAGUGGCCGAACAUACCUCCUACUACUUUGACGUCUCAGCAGAACAUUUGCCCCAAGCUUUAGACCGGUUUGCACAGUUUUUUAUUGAACCGCUUUUUAACGAGGAUGUUACUGACAGAGAGGUCAAUGCAGUAGACUCUGAACAUGAUAAAAAUAGACAAAGUGAUGCGUGGCGGUUCGAUCAGUUGGAAAAGUCAUUUUCAAAAGCUGGCCAUCCUUAUAGAAAAUUUGGAACAGGAAAUAAGGAAACACUUGAUAUAAUUCCAAAGCAAAAAGGGCUUAAUGUUCGGGAUGAGCUCUUAAAAUUUCAUAAAAAAUGGUAUUCCUCGAAUGUCAUGACUCUUGCAAUUAUUGGAAAAGAAAGUUUGGAUGAGCUUGAAAAAAUGGCUGCUGAUCUUUUCUCACAAGUAGAGGACAAAAAAGUUGUCCCUCUAGCAAUAAAAGACCACCCUUAUUCAGAUGAAGAAGUAAAGGUGAAAGUAUCAGUCGUGCCUAUAAAAGACACAAGACAUCUGGCUGUCAGCUUUCCCAUUCCGGAUUACAGGGAUUAUUACAAAGCCGCACCCGGGCAAUAUUUGAGUCAUCUCAUCGGCCACGAGGGAAGUGGCAGCCUUUUGUCGGCAUUGAGGGCCAAAGGUUGGUGCAACAAUCUGGUCGGAGGAACGAGGGGAGAAAUCCAAGGCUUUGAUAUGUUUUGCGUGUCGGUUGAUCUCACCGAAGAAGGCAUUGAACACAUCGAUGAUAUUGUCCAUUUUAUAUUCCAAUAUAUUAAAAUGUUGAAAAAUGAAGGACCAAAAAAAUGGGUUUUUGAUGAACAAGCUGAACUACUUAAUAUGCAUUUUAGAUUUAAAGAUAAACAGUCAUCGACGGCUCUUGUCAAUUCGAUUUCAGUUAAACUCAAUAAAUAUCCAAUUGAAGAAGUUUUAAUCGCAGGAUACAAGCUUACUGAUUGGAGAAGUGAUCUUAUCAAUGAGUUAUUGGGCUAUCUUAAUGCUAAAAAUGUCAGAAUUUCUAUUGCUGGUAAAAAAUUUCAAGGGACAGCCAACUUAAAAGAGGAAUGGUAUGGUACUGAGUAUUCAUUAGAAAAGAUUCCAGAUUAUGUGAUACAAAGAUGGCAGAACUGCGAAUUGAAUUCUGAUUUUCACCUUCCUGGAAAAAAUGAAUUUAUUGCCACAGAUUUUGAUUUGAGCCCUAGGGAUGAAAAUCCUAGCCCUCAUCCGACAAUUAUUCAUGAAACAGAAUAUUGUAGAGUUUGGUAUAAGCAAGACAAUGAAUUUCUCUUACCAAAAACCAACAUAAGAUUUGAGUUUGUAAGCCCGUUUGCAUAUUUGGAUCCAAUGAGUUGCAAUAUGACUUACAUGUUUGUAUCACUGUUUAAAGAUGCAUUGCUUGAAUACGCUUAUGCCGCACAACUUGCAGGGCUUAAGUGGGAGUUGACCAAUACAAAAUAUGGGAUGGUGCUCGGCAUAGGAGGAUACAAUCACAAACAGAAAGUGCUUCUCGAAAAAAUCAUGGACAAAAUGACGAAUUUCACUGUUGAUCCGAAGAGAUUUUCAAUUUUGAAGGAAAAUUAUAUAAGAAGCCUUAAAAAUUUCAAUGCUGAACAGCCAUAUCAGCAUGCAAAUUAUUAUUUGGCCGUUCUUCUCUCUGAACAAUCCUGGCCUAAAAAUGAAUUGUUAGAGGCUACCGAUAAACUCACUAUUCCAGCUUUAGAAGCUUUCAUACAACAACUUCUGUCCAAAGUCCAUGUUGAAUCUUUCAUUCAUGGCAAUACAUGUAAAGCUACUGCUAUGGACAUGGUAAACACUGUCAUGGACAGAUUGAGUGGAACAGUGGGUUUAUGACCAUUACUUCCCUGUCAGCUGCUGCGAAAUAGAGAAAUACAGCUGGCAGAUGGUGCAAAUUAUAUUUACGAAUUGGAAAACGAUGUCCACAAGAGUUCCUGCACAGAGGCAUACUAUCAGUGCAGUUUACAGUCAACAGAAACGAAUAUGAUCCUUGAAUUAUUUGUCCAAAUUAUAUCUGAGCCAUGUUACAGUGCUCUGAGGACCAAAGAACAACUUGGUUACAUAGUUUUCAGUGGUAUUAGGCGUUCUAAUGGAACUCAAGGCCUACGAGUUAUUGUUCAGUCAGACAAACAUCCAAACUAUAUCGACAGUAGGGUUGAAGCAUUUUUGUCACAAAUGGAGAAUUACUUGAAUGAUCUAACUGAAGAAGAAUUCAAUAAUCACAAAGAAGCCUUGGCCAAUCAACGGCUAGAAAAACCAAAGCAAAUGUCCGCUCAGUCAACGAAAUAUUGGGGUGAAAUUACAACCCAGCAGUAUAAUUUUGAUCGAGCCAACAUCGAAGUUGCCUACAUGAGAGGGCUCACAAAAAAAGACAUUAUGGACUUUUAUUAUAACAUGAUUAAAGAAGGGGCUCCUCACAGACAUAAACUUGCUAUUUAUAUUGUAUCAAAAGCAGAAGGAGGAGCUGGAACAAACGGCCAUGACAUGAACUUAGUAGAUGGCCCAGAAGUUUCAACAGAAACAAAUAAUCACAAUAAGGCAACAAAGAUAGAGAACAUAACAAGCUUUAAAUCGAUGCAAGCAUUGUACCCGCUUGUCCAACCGUUUAUCAGCCUUCAAUCUUUUACGACAAAAGCCAAAUUAUGAAUUUAAAACUAUUCUUCUUGGUGUAUAUAAGAUUGUCAAUUCUGACAAACUUGUCUCUUUAUAUUUUCAUUUGUAUAUUAUAUUCCAGUUGAGUUUUAUAUAAUUUAAUUUUUAAUCUGCUUUUAAACAAAUCCUUCAUUCUUAGUAAUCGAAGUGUAAACAAAAUCUAUCUGUGAUGUAGAACCUUCAGUUGUUUACGCUUGGAUGUCAAAGAACAUGUCGGAGUGGUCAUUAUUUUUGGUGCUGCUGAAAAGUAGAACAAUUAGUAGAAAUUACCUUAGUAGUCUUAAUAAUUUAUUUGUUUUAUAAUUUUUUGAGAGAAGUAAAUUUAAUUUGGAAUGAAUCAAAA